AUGGAGGCAAUAAGGGAGAGGGGCUGCAACCUGCCUUCUAUAGAGGAGGUGAUGAAGCCAGGCUACCUCCGCUUUAUCGGCUGUGACCACCACUCCGACCAGGAAACUGCGAUCCAGAUCAAGCUUGGCCAUCACGAGCUCUGGCCCCGUUCUUCCUGCUGUCUGCAUGAUUUGCAAGAAAGACAGCAAAUUUAUCGUCGCGAGUGGCAGACGUCAAAAAGAACGAAAACACAGACUUUAACCGCAGGCAAGUUGCAGGAAGCAGCUGAAGUAAAGGAAGCCAAGAGCAUCCUCAUUCACAUCAAGGACAGAGACUGUGUGGCUCUGGAGGUGCAGUACCACAGAAGUUGCUACAGAGAGUACACAAGGUUUUUGAGUGAGCCUGUCAGAGCAGAGAAAGAACAACAGGAUAUAUUGAAGAAGAGGCUCAGUCGUGAUUUUCCUCAGCUAGUGUUCCACACCCCCGCCAAACGCAACACAUCUGAACUGGUUUUUGCUGAGAACUUGUCGACGAAUGCAGUCUUGGACUUGUUACCAUCAGGUGCGGAGACGACUCAGUCCAGCGAAAUGAGCCAGACAGACAGCGACACGGAAAGGAGGAAGUCAAAGCAACCAACCACAGCAGAGGAGACACGGACACUUUACACAGCAGCUUUGCUUUUGAAGAGGCUGCUUAGUCACAGUCCUGGCAUGUCAUGCCCAUGGCCCCCAACUGCAGUAAACUUCAAUCUCACUGAAGUCAUUUGCUGUGGCAUGCACAAAAGAUGUGUACCUGGAUGCUUUCACACAGUUCAUGAAAAUGCCGGUUCAUGUGUAUGCCACUUGUUUUGAUUUUUUUAUUUGUUGUAUAGUUAUUAGUGAAUAAAUGAAUACAUGAAUACCUGAAUGGUCCUUAUCAUUGAUCAUUAGAUUAUUUCCAUUUAUUAAUGUGAAUAUGAAAAGGUAACCUUAUCAUCCACUUGCAUAAUAGUUGUUGGUGCUAUAAACAAAGCACUGUUACAAUCACUUAGAGGGUUAUCAAUAGCCUGGGUUAUCUAUAGCCUACUUAUUGUAAUUGUUUCCAUUAAUUGCUCAAAACCACAGUAUGAAAUGUCAAUUGCAAAAUUGUGCCUUGUGCUGUAAAUAAAGCACUGUUUAUGAUUUAUUUAGAACUUAUCCCAAUCCAGAGAUAUAUGCAUGAGUAUUAUUUUUGAUAAUUGUUAUUAUAUGUGAACAUGAAAAGGUAACCUUAUCAUCCACUUGCACAAUAGUUGUUGGUGCUAUAAACAAAGCACUGUUUGGAGUUACAAUCACUUAGAGGGUUAUCAAUAGCCUGGGUUAUCUAUAGCCUACUUAUUGCAAUUGUUUCCAUUAAUUGCUCAAAUCCACAGUAUGA